AUGCUGUGUGAACAGGACAGGCGAGAGACGACGGAAGUCGAGGAGGCGUCCCGGGCGAGCCAGGAGGACAUUCCGUGCAAGGUUCUGUCCGCGCUGAACAUCUGCGCUGGCCUCGGUGAGCGGUCGAGCUCUGGCGAUUCGACGCAUGCGGAGCGGGCCCCCGCCGGCCCAAUUGAGACGUGGAUCCAGGCGCUGAUCGAUGGCAACUUCUUCAAGCCGUGCGCCGCGCACUCCAAGUGCAAGAGGAGCGAGUGCACGUAUUUCUGCGCCACGUGCGUGAGUGAGGGACUCUGCUCGCACUGUCUCUCGGACCAUCGCGGCCACGAGGUCAUCCAGGUUCGCAAGUACGUCUACUGCGAGGUGGUCCGCCUGCAGGACAUCCAGCGCUACAUCGACGCUUCGCCCGUGCAGUCCUACAUCAUCAACGGCAGCAAGGUCGUCUUCCUCCGCCCGCGCCCCGAGAAGCGCUCGCUCAAGUCGGGCAUCUCGGACCUGUGCAAACACUGUCACAAGCUCAUCCGCGAGGGCUUCCUGUACUGCUCGCUGCGGUGCCACGUGCAGCAGACCGUCCAGGACGGCGACGUCCUGCAGCCCGCGCCGACGAUGCCCGCCGGGGACGACGGCAGCUGCGACCUCGAGUACCUCCCCGCCAUGAAGCGCGCGGCCACGUCCGAUAUGGGCCUCCUCGUCAACCCGCACAACCUGCGGUCCAAGGACGGGCCGCACCCGGCGCCCGUCCCGCCGCGGGCCGCCGCUCCGGCGCCGCCCGCGCCGCCCGCGGUGCAGCGGUGCUCGCGCACGCGCCCGCGCCGUCCGGCCUGCUGCCGCCGCGCCCGCUCGCGAUCGACGUGCCGGCGGCGCGCGCGUCGUUCGAGGGGUCCGAGCUCGGCGAGUCGCACGGCCGCCGCAGGAAGAAGAACUCUCCCACGCGUUCCCCCGCCCCCGGGGUCGCCUUCUGGGCCAUCUGACCGCGCCGUGCCGCGCCGCGCCGGCGCGAUGGCGCGAUGGCCAUGCCCGCCCGCCGCGGCGUCGGCGAGGCGAGUGCCGGGGGGCGUGACCCCCCCGCUCGACCUCGACCUCGACCCCCCCCCCUCUUCGCGCAAGACUGGACCUGCCUUGAUCGCACUCGCACUCGGGCUGCCCCCGACGGCCACGCGAUGUGCGUGCCCGAAGAGCUUCGGCGCCCGGCGCGACCGAAAGGCGCCCGCGCGGCGCCGCGGCGUCGCCCUCGGAGUGUGCGCAACUUGGGGUGCUGCUGGCGCUGCAACCUCGAAGAUGACACCGACACCCCCUCGGACCAGGCCCGAAGAUGCCUCUCCGCCGUCCCUUCCGUCCACUGCUAUCGCUCCGGACGUUCCCGCAGCAGCACCACGCCCAUCCUGCUACACCCCCCCUCUCCCUAGAACAACACCUCCUCUCAGAUACCGCACCCCUUCCCGGCCCAACGUCCUGCCGCUGAAGGGAGGACCCUCGCCCGUGCUCCCUCUGCGCCUCGCCGCCUGGCGGCUGGCGAGCCCGGGGCUGCCACGGUCGAGUGCGCGCUGUGGAGCUCCUCCUCCACGCCCGCCUAUUUUAGCUUCGAGCGACAGCCACACCGCGGCGACCGAGCUCGCUGCAUCGCGCUCACCCCGAACUCCCCCCCCCUCCCCGCGUGGUCCGCAUGCGUGGGCGGUGAGUGUGGUGGCACGCGCCACCGCACCGUUGCAGCCGCAUGAUGAUGACGCACGCGCGUCGCCUAGGACGCCGAAUUGGUCCACACCCCAUUGCGAAACAACCACCCCCCUCACCUCCCUGCUCCCCCCCUCCCUCGAUCUCACGUCCACCACGCCGUCCAACACGCCCACAGUUGCUUGCAGCAGGUGUCGACCAUUCCUGCGCUGCCGCUUUGACCGCAAGACCCUGGACGCGCACGUGGCACCCGCCUCUCAUCGCGCACGAGCUGCAUGGGAUGCGCGCGUGCUGCGCCUCACGCACAGCGUCUUGCAACACCACUUGCUCGUUUGCGGCUGA